GGGGAUUGGAAUUGGAAGACAGGCUUGAGCGAAAGCUAACUAACGGUCCGACUCUGCGCACUCAAGGGCCUGAUCACAGAGACAAACUUACGCUUGAUCACUGAUUUUGAUUGGACCUCCACUUAGAUAUGCAUCCAAGUCUCUGUUCACGGUACCUACAGCCAAGCUUGUGAAGGUAUGGUGGAAUUGAGUAGGGAAAACAGAUAGUAGAUGGGAUCAUACAUGUGGCUGACACCGAGAUUGAUGCGGCUCAUCCGAGUUCGAUGCAUACAGUUUGAUGGAUUUUAUUGAUAAUCAGAAUGAAAUAUUUCAAGCCAACUUCUCAAUGCCAAAUCAUUCAAUUCCCCCGAGUCAAUUUGCCAAAAAGAGGAGUCGGCUUCCCACCAAUGGAGUGAUCCCGAAUAGACAUCCGAGCCCUCCGCCGGGACUUCGUCCUGCUUAUAAAUAAACGUGAGAGAAUGGGGCAAAUCGAUAACUGACAUUUGUGACACCUUCCAGGCAGAGGUACAGUAAGCCUCAUUAUUUCAAUACUCGUGUCUCAUCUGAUUGUCUUGCAAGUCGUACGACAGAACAUUAUUCAAUUGAAAUGGAUAGUAUAUAGCACAUGACGAUCGGCCCAUGAAUAGAUAAGUGACAAAGUAGCCCCAGAAAGACUGGCCAAUCAGCAGUCCCCACUUGAUCAGACCACGGCAUUUCUUGGCACUGCGGAUCGGCCGAUCCAUGCUGAAAGGGCGAAAAGGGCCCUCAAGGCCAAUCUGGCCACUUGAGUUUCUUAUGCCGGUCCAUUCUUUCUUUUAAUUACACUCGGCCUCUCGACACUAUUUUCUCUCGGUCAUGAUUGCAGUCUUAUAACUGUGACUUCAUUUGCACCACCCAGAACGGGUCAAUCCUUUUUUCCUUGCAUUGCGACUGGUGACGAUUCUGCGCUCUUUGCCACCACCUCGCGUCUCCGUCCCUCGCCGCAUCUUUUCUGAACGACGUUCCCUUCGUUCCCCUUGGCUGCUAUAGCCUGAAUUUUUAGAUGGUCGGCACUAUGCGGUCUACGGCAGCACUGUUCUACACUGCAGUCUAUGCCUUUUCGAACUUGGCCAGCGCAAGCAGCCAUGGCUCAACAGAUCUAAACACGAUGAACAAAUGCGCGAUCGACCCCACAGCAAUGGUUUCCGACGCGUGCGUCUCUUACGGCACGAUCAACAAACUUAACGAUGAAAUUUACACCCUCCUCCAAUCAAUCACCCUCGAAACCGACUUCUUUUCCUACUACCGCUUGAACCUCUUCAACAAAGAAUGCCCCUUCUGGUCAGACUCGAGCAGCAUGUGCGGCAACAUUGCGUGCUCCGUGAAUACGAUCGAAUCCGAAGAAGACAUCCCUCUCGUGUGGCGGUCAGAAGAGCUGAGCAAGCUGGAAGGCCCCAAGGCGAACCACCCGCCUCGUAGAGUCCAGGCGGAGCGUCCAAAGGAGCGCCCGCUCCAGGGUAUGCUGGGUGAGGGUGUUGGAGAGAGUUGUGUGGUCGAGUACGACGACGAAUGUGACGAACGGGACUACUGUGUUCCGGAGGACCAGGGCUCUACCGGCAAGGGCGACUACGUGAGCUUGGUUGACAACCCCGAGCGGUUCACUGGGUAUGCAGGAGAGGGUGCGCAUCAAGUGUGGGACGCGAUCUACCGCGAGAACUGCUUCAUGAAGCCCGUAGCUGAGGAGCUGGAGGAGCAGUCGCUCAACGCCCCUCUGGGCGGUCUGCAGGCUUUCUCCGAUUUCCGAAACGUCCUGCAAAUGGAAUCGCAACGGUUGGAUGGGUUGCCCUUGGAUAACGAGUGUUUGGAGAAGCGGGUCUUCCACCGGCUCAUCAGCGGGAUGCACGCCUCCAUCUCCACGCAUCUCUGCUGGGACUACCUCAAUCAGACCACGGGCGAAUGGCACCCCAACAUGCAGUGCUACAAGGAGCGGCUUCACGAUCAUCCGGAGCGCAUCUCCAACAUGUACUUCAACUACGCUCUUGUUUCGCGGGCCGUCGCCAAGCUGCGCAAGCACCUGGAGGGCUACACUUUCUGCACUAGCGAACCCGAACAGGACAUUGAGACCAAGCAGCGGAUCAACCAGCUCACCGAGGUCCUCUCACGGCCACCGCAAAUCUUUGACGAGAACCUCAUGUUCCAGGACCCUAGCACCCAAGGCCUGAAGGAGGACUUCCGCAACCGCUUCCGCAACGUCAGCCGGUUGAUGGACUGCGUUGGAUGUGACAAGUGCCGGCUUUGGGGCAAGCUGCAGGUGAAUGGCUACGGGACUGCCCUCAAGGUGCUAUUUGAGUAUGAUGAGACCAAGAACGGAGAGAACCCGCCGCUGCGCCGCACGGAGCUGGUAGCUCUCAUCAACACGCUCGGCCGUAUCUCGCACAGUAUUGCUGCGGCACGGAGCUUCCACGAAGCUCUGGAGGCGGGCCAAGAGAACGCAUUCCCUCUUCGACACUCUGCGCCUUCGACUCAUAAUCACGCCGAGACCAAGGAUGAAAAUCAAGAACCGCGAAAGCUGUUCCAUGACGGUACCGGACAGUUCUACUACGAGAAUGACGAAGGGAACUAUAUUUAUGGACGAGAGAAAGUGGAUCGCUUGCCUUGGCAACGUCCUCCCCGCAAGCCGGACGCUUCUGCCUUCGACGAUAUCAAGACCGAGUUCGAUAUGGUCUGGGACGUGACUGCAUAUGUCCUGCGGAGCUGGCUAGAUAUUCCUCGGACAAUACUCGAAAUUACCAUAUGGGAAGGACAACGACUUUGGGCCUUUUGGCUAGGUUUGCCUGUGCCUCCUCGUGCCUGGAAGAUCAAGGCUCCAGCGUCCGAAGGAACUCGACGACCUCCUGCCAAGGCUCACAGCGAACUGUGAUUCGAUUCCUCUUGUUAUACACCGCUUGCAUUCAGCAUUUGUUUUUCUGUACAUAAGCACUACACCGACUAUUACAUUCUGGCGUUUGGGAAAGAUGGGCUGUUUGAUAUCCGGGCUUCAUUAUUCUGGAAUAACGUUGAAAAAUUAUUAACACCUUGUUGAUAGCUUGGAUACCUCUCGUUUUUUAUAUCACAUUGGGUCUCGACUUUUUGGACUUGCUUGUCUUUGUAUAGAGUCUUUGGGCGACGUUGGAGCAUAAUGGCAUUGGUCGGGAUCGAGCAUUCAUGCUUGGAACUCUUGUGGGGAUAGAUCCUUGUCGAUGUAAUUUGACUAAAAGCAAACCGUAGUCUAGUCUAUUGAUACGUAUUUGACUCG